AUGACAUCCACAUAUGGAACCUUAUCAUCAGAGGACCAAGCUGAGGAGACGGAGACGUUUUAUGUCAAGUACAGAAAUUUUUCCUACCUACACUGCAAGUGGGCCACUCUGGAAGAGCUGGAGAAAGAUCCCAGAAUCCACCAGAAGAUUAAACGCUUCAGGACCAAACAGGCCCAGAUGAAACACCUGUUCACCGAGCCUGAUGAGGACUUAUUCAACCCAGACUACAUAGAGGUGGACAGAGUGCUGGAGGUGGCCGUUACCACGGAUACCGAGACCGGAGAAGAGGUGACCCAUUACCUGGUUAAGUGGUGCAGUCUGUCCUACGAGGAGGCCACAUGGGAGUUGCAGGAGGACCUGGACCCGGAGAAGAUCAAAGAGUUUGAGUCCAUCCAGAAACUGCCACCAGACCUCAGACACAUGGAGCGUCCUCCUCCGGAGAAAUGGCAGAAGUUGGACCACUCCAGAGAUUACCGGAAUGGAAACAUGCUCAGAGAAUACCAGUUAGAGGGAAUGAACUGGUUACUGUUCAACUGGUACAACAGAAAAAACUGCAUACUGGCCGAUGAAAUGGGUCUGGGAAAGACCAUCCAGUCCAUCACCUUUCUGUACGAGAUGUUCAGCAUGGGGAUCCGCGGGCCCUUCCUCAUCAUCGCCCCCCUGUCCACCAUCACCAACUGGGAGAGGGAGUUUCGCACAUGGACGCACAUGAACGUCAUCGUGUACCACGGCUCGCAGAUCAGCCGGCAGAUGAUCCUGCAGUACGAGAUGUUUUACAGAGACCCACAGGGUAACACUAUCCCAGGUGUGCUGAAGUUCCACGGGGUGAUCACCACCUUCGAGAUGAUCAUGGCUGACUCUCCGGAGCUGAAGAAGCUGCACUGGCGCUGCGUGGUGAUCGACGAAGCCCAUCGGCUGAAAAACAGGAACUGCAAACUGCUGGAGGGACUCAAACUCAUGAACCUGGAACACAAGGUUCUGCUGACAGGGACCCCUUUGCAGAACUCAGUGGAGGAGUUGUUCAGCCUGUUGAAUUUCCUGGAGCCGCUGCAGUUUCCUUCCGAAAGCACCUUCCUGGAAGAAUUUGGAGAUCUCAAAACAGAUGAACAGGUGAAGAAGCUUCAGGCCAUUCUGAAGCCCAUGAUGUUGAGGAGACUGAAGGACGAUGUCGAAAAAAACCUGGCGCCUAAACAAGAGACCAUCAUAGAGGUGGAGCUGACCAACAUUCAAAAGAAAUAUUACCGGGCCAUCUUAGAGAAGAACUUCUCCUUCCUGUCCAAAGGAGCAAACCAGCACAACAUGCCCAACCUCAUUAACACCAUGAUGGAGCUCCGCAAGUGCUGCAACCACCCUUACCUUAUCACAGGAGCGGAGGAGAAGAUUCUGGAAAGCUUCAGGAAGUACCACAGUCCGGACGCGCUGGACUUCCAGCUGCAGGCCAUGAUCCAGGCAGCUGGUAAACUGGUGCUGAUCGACAAGCUGCUGCCCAAACUGCUGGCCGGGGGACACAAAGUCCUGGUCUUCUCCCAGAUGGUCCGCUGUCUGGACAUCAUGGAGGACUACCUCAUACAGAGACGCUACACUUACGAACGCAUUGACGGCCGCGUGCGAGGGAACCUGCGCCAGGCGGCCAUUGACAGGUUCUGCAAGCCCGACUCGGACCGCUUUGUGUUCCUGCUGUGCACCAGAGCCGGAGGGCUGGGAAUCAACCUGACGGCUGCAGAUACCUGCAUCAUCUUCGACUCGGACUGGAACCCCCAGAACGACUUGCAGGCCCAGGCACGCUGCCACCGGAUUGGCCAGAGCAAAGCGGUGAAAGUCUACCGACUGAUCACCAGGAACUCGUACGAGAGGGAAAUGUUUGACAAGGCCAGUCUGAAGCUGGGACUGGACAAAGCCGUCCUCCAGGACAUCAACCGCAAGGGAAGCCUCAACGGGGUGCAGCAGCUUUCUAAGCUGGAAGUGGAGGAUUUGUUGAAAAAAGGAGCAUACGGAGCACUGAUGGACGAAGAAGACGAAGGCUCCAAGUUCUGUGAGGAAGACAUCGAUCAGAUACUCCAGAGGCGAACUCAGACCAUCACCAUCCAGUCUGAAGGGAAAGGGUCCACGUUCGCUAAGGCCAGUUUCAUCUCCUCUGGUAACAGAACGGACAUUUCUCUGGACGACCCCAACUUCUGGCAGAAAUGGGCCAAGAUCGCUGAGGUGGAGAUCGACUCCAAAUCGGAGAAGGAGUCCCUGGUGAUUGACACGCCUCGGGUGAGGAAGCAGACCCGUCACUACAACUCCUUCGAGGACGACGAGCUGAUGGAGUUCUCGGAGCUGGACAGUGACUCGGAGGAGCGGCCGUGCAGGACUCGCCGCCUGGGCGAGCGCAGCCGGCGGUACCUCCGUGCCGAAUGCUUCCGGGUUGAAAAGAACCUGCUUAUCUUUGGAUGGGGUCGGUGGAAGGACAUCCUGAACCACGGGCGGUUUAAAUGGCACCUGGCGGAGGGAGACAUGGAGGUGAUCUGUAGGGCUCUGCUGGUCUACUGCCUGAGACACUACAAAGGCGAUGACAAGAUCAAGAGCUUCAUCUGGGAUCUGAUCACACCCACCAAGGAGGGCCGGGACCAGGCGCUGCUCAAUCACUCCGGUUUAUCAGCUCCGGUUCCUCGUGGCCGGAAGGGGAAAAAACUGAAGAACCAGCUGAAUGUUUCAGAGGUGAAGAACGCUGACUGGCUGGUCCACUGUAACCCUGAGGUGGUGCUGCAGGACGAGAGCUACAAGAAACACCUCAAACAACACUGCAACAAGGUGCUACUGAGGGUGCGGAUGUUGUACUACCUAAAGGUGGAGGUGUUGGGUGACGCUGCCAAUCAAGCCCAGGAGGGGAUACCAGCCAGUAAACCCGAGGUGUCACUACCUGACAUCGACUACAUAGAGAUUCCAGCUACGUGGUGGGAUGCGGAAGCUGACAAAUCUCUCCUCAUAGGAGUCCACAAACACGGCUACGAGCGGUACAACGCCAUGCGUGCAGAUCCAGACCUGUGUUUCCUGGAGAGAGUGGGGAUGCCAGACGUCACUGCGCUGUCUGCUGAGCAGGGAGGAGGGGAGGGGGCCUCCGACAUGGCCGACAGUGUGUGCAAAACGGAGGAGGCGAAGGACGAGAGUGAAAGCAAAGCCGACGGAGGGGAGGACAGAGACGAGAGCAGCAAGGGAGAAGAAACCUGCUCCAGCACGGAUACCUCCGACAAGCCUGACAGCACCGGUCCAGACUCCCAGAUGGCAGGUGACUUGUGCGCCCAGGAUGCGACAUUGGUCACCACAACGACAACGGGAACAGGGACUGGGGUGGCGUCUCUCCAUGUGGUCCAAGCCCGGCCCCUCUGGCCCACCGGCCCCGCCCUGACGGCCCGUUUACGCCGCCUGAUCACCGCCUACCAGCGCUUCACGCUGCGCCGCGAGCCGCUGCUCCGGCACGACUUCCUGCUCCACGACGGCCUUGUCGGCAUGGGGAUGGGAGGGCCCGGGGCCGCUCACAGUCAUCACGCCGCCGGGCCACUGGCCUGGCAGCUGGGCGACGAGCUCCGGCGGUGCUCGGUGGUCGCCACGGAACCCGACCCCUUGUUCCUGGAGUGGCAGAGAAGGUGGACUCGUCGAGAGCAAGCUGAUUUCUACCGCACCGUGUCAUCAUUCGGGGUGGUGUACGACCCAGAGAGGAAGUCCUUCGACUGGUCCCAGUUCAGAGCGCUGGCCCGACUGGAGAGGAAGACGGACGAGAGUCUGGAGAAAUACUUCAACUCCUUCGUCAACAUGUGUAGGACGGCCUGCAAACUGCCUCCAAGGAAGGAAGAAGCUGCAGCCCACAUGUCCCUCCCGGGGACCUCGUUCCUGGGGAACAUUACUGCCCCAUGCUGGUGGGAGGAUUCAGGGCUGGUGGAUCCUGCUGUGCUGGUGGAGCCUCUGACCGAAGAGAGAGCUGCACGGACUUUAUACCGCAUCGAGCUGCUCCGGAAGAUCAGAGAGCAGGUUCUCCGUCACCCGUUGCUCUCGGCCCGCCUCCAGCUGUGCCGCCCCUCCCUCUACCUUCCAGUCUGGUGGGAGUCUGGCAAACACGACCGUGACCUCCUGAUUGGGGCGGCGCGUCACGGCCUGAGCCGCACUGACUUCUACAUCCUGAACGACCCCCAGCUAAGCUUCCUGGAAGCUCACAGGAACUACGUCAGGGGGCACUCAGCUCAUCUUCACCCCCCGAGCCACCACCACCCUCAACACCCGGGCUUGGUGACUCACUCUGGCAUCACUUCUUCGUCCUCGUCUAAUCCGCAGCUGCCUCUUCCUCACUGCUGCCUGUAUGAUUCGGGUCUGGGUCGCCACUCCCCACAGCCCCCCGAGUAUCCCCACCAGUCCUCUCACCUCCAUCCCCACCACCAGCAUCCCUCUGUGCCUCCAUCGGCUCCUUCUCCUUCCUCUUCCUCCUCCUCUAACCCUCACCUCCACCCUCUGCCGCUGGAUGCCCCAAAUUCUGCCUCCCCCAGUCUGGGAAUAGUUCCUGGCUCCCGGGGAGAUUUUCUCGACUGUCCCCCUCUGGAUGAAACCCUGGAGCUGGGUGCACUGCAGCAUGAUGCCCUGUCUGCAGAUGCUCUGCACGGAGGGAGGGCGUCCAAAGACGCCCUUAACGGUUUCCCGUUCAAUUCGGCCGCGGGAGGCCAAAGCAUGCUCAACUCGUACGGCGUGGGAGGAACUGACCUCGAUUUGAAACUAAGGAGUGACGUGCUUGUAGGUGAGCAAGGCUCCUCAGAGGAAACGGGCCUGAUGGCGCCAUCAGUCGAGCUGGAUCAGUUACAGGCUCCCUGGGACGGCACGGACCACUCCAGUCCUGCCCACCACAUGUUCAAUGAAUCGGAUCCCAUCCUGGGUCCCCCCACUUUGGAGACCGGCUUCCUGGAGGACGAGGAGGCCCAGGGGGGAGACCGGGGAGGGGAGGAAGGGGGAACUCUGGAGGAGUGUCUGGGCCUACCACCCUCAUCCUCCCCGUCCCACCCAUCUGCAGGAGAUUCUGUGGAGCCGCUGUCCUCCAGUUACAUGCUCUUCAAGGACAUUGGUGUGAGUGAGGAACCCAGCGCAGAUCAAACGGACCUGUCGGCGAGCCCCCCUCCUCCCUAUGUCCCCCCUCCUCCCCUCUCUCUAUCUGACAUCACUGGCCACGAGCCGCAGGAUAGGCUGGACCACUCUGAUGUUGACGAGAGCCUAGCCAAUCCCGUGGAGGGAGGAGAAGGCCAGGAAGUAGGCGUAGGGUUCGAGUUUGAUGACAAGGAGGAAGAAGAAGUGGAAGACUUGUCCAGGGCCGCCAUGGAGCACACCUUGGAAAAACAAAGCGAUCACAGCCUGGGCGGAGAGGAGUGUGACCAAGGUGCAGACCAAAGUUUGGGAGUCAUGGAAGUGCCACAGCUGGACGGGAUCGUGCCAGAGCCGGGAGAACAGGAUGAACAGGACCUCCAGGAGAGCUUCGACCAGGCAGAGCAUAAAGAGGACUUGCCGCGAGACGUGCAUCCGUAUCUUGGGAAGCUGGGACAGGAGGCUACCCUUGGUUGUCCUGAGUCUAUUGAAGAGCCUGGAGAGGAAGUGGGCGGGUUGAUCCUGUUUCACACCAGGGAUGAAAACUCGCUUGACACUGAAACAUUGAUGGGCAGCGCAGCUGCAGAGGAUGGUCCAGCGGAGUGCGCAGAUCUGGCAGAUCAAGUGGACGAAAUCUCUGAAGGGCAGAUGGAUCAUGUUUCUCUGAUGGAUGUCGCAGUGGUUGGACCCCAUGAUGAAACGGCAGAGAACGAGCUCAACGUCAAACCCAACGAGAUAGUGCUGCAGAGCAUUUACUCGGAAUAUGCACAACCUUCCUGCCCCGCUGCCUCUGUCUCAUCCCCUACAGUCGCAUCAAAGCCGGAUGAAAGCAGCACGAGUGGCAGCGGCGACGUCGGAGUCAAAACGGAAGUCUCCAUGGAUCAGGCAAACUACGAAGGUACGGUUAAAGAUCUGAAUUUGCCAGAUGGCAGCAGGGACUAUAGGCAUCGAGUGCUGACGUUCUCCUUUCAUCCGGACAACAAAGACGACAUGCUGGAGCCAAAUGAAAUCAAAAUUGCCCCGACUCUACCUGCAAACAGUAUUGACACAAAGCCGUCUGAUCUUAAAUUUCCUCUGUUAUCAGACCGAGGUGGUGAGGAGAAACCACAACAACUGGAGCUGCCAGUAAAGGUAGAGGAGACCAAGACGGAGACGAGUGUCGAUGUGUACCCUGACAGUUCUGAAUUCAAACAUGGGAAAUUCCUUUCUUACUGCGUGAAGUCGGAAAACUUGGUGACCAAAGCUGAGCAGUUAGACUAUCCUGUCAAACCAGAAACGCCGGAGACUAAAGCCGAAGAUCUAAGCCUUCCCAUGAAGCCUGAGAGCUUGGACUGUAAACCCGAAGUCCUCCAGUUUGCAGCCUACUCAGACGGCGCCGAAAUCAAAUCUGAAGCGAAACCAGUAGCUCUCCGAUUCGCUGCGUAUACCGACGGAGCUAAGCUGAAGACUGAGGCGGAGCCAGAGGAUUUAAGGUUAACAGCCUUCCCCGACACCUCUGCCAUCAAGCCCGAAGCCAAGCCAGAGGCUCUGGAGUUCCGCACCUACCCAGACAGCUCUGAGAUCAAACCUCAGGCCAAGCCGGAGCACCUGGAGUUUACGGCUCUACCCCAGGUCAAAGCCGAGGCCAAGCGAGAGCUGCUGGAGGCAGACAGCACAGUCCUGACCCCGAAGCUGGAGCAGGCAGACGGGCUGCUGGAUGCCUCAGAGAGUCCGGGGGGGAAAGGCCCUGUGAAGGAGGAGAGGCCAUCUACACCAGUGGCCGUGGUGGAAGGCUACGUGGGCAGCCCCCGGUUUGCAGCUCCUAUUUCCAUGUGUGAGAUCCCUGACGGCCUCCAUGACACCCGGGAGCCCACCAUUGCUCAGCUGCUGCAGGAGAAAGCACUGUACUCGUUUUCUGAAUGGCCAAAGGACCGGGUUAUCAUCAACCGCCUGGACAGCAUCUGCCACGCCAUCCUGAAGGGGAAGUGGCCUUCGUCUAGCGAGCAGUACGACUCGCCCGGCUCCCUGGUGGCCAACUCUUGCCUGGCCAACAGUUUAGCCCAGCAGCAGCAGCAGCAGCAGCACCGGGCCAGCUUUCUCCCCACCACGGCCUCCAGCUCGGUCCCGGGCCAGGCCAGGGCUCAGCAGACCAACCUCGGCCUGGGCUUCUCCAUCCCCCCCCCUCUCACAAGACUACCUAAGUACAUGUCGCGGGGCGGCGCAUGUGGGCGCGGAGCUUGGCGCCUCAACUCCUUGCCUCUCUUACAGGAGAGGCUCGUGGCUCCUCCGUACCUCCCCGAGCUCAAACGAGCGGGGGGUCGGCGGGCAUUUGACUACGAAGCUGCUGCUGCCGCAGCCAAGGUUUUAGCCGGGAAAUCGGCAUGCCAUACUGCCGCCACCACAAGCUCCGGUGGAGCUAAUCCAGUGGUGGCUCCGCCCUCUCAUCGCACGGGAGCCGCCAUGUUGAUCAACGGCUGGCAAGAAACGGCCAUAGACCUGACCAAGUCGUCGGGAGAAAUAAGCACCACCAGUGGCAUCGGGACGGGAGAAGGAAUCAGUCACCACGGCGCUGGCAGCUGUCACAAGCUGCCGCCACCGCCGCCCCCCAUCACAGCGCCGCUGCAAGGCUCUGUGGGAAUGGACAUGGCUGGGAUACUGCAGGCAGGGCUCAUCCAUCCUGUAACGGGCCAAAUAGUUAACGGAAGCCUGAGGGGAGAUGACUCACUGAGGAGGAGGAGAGGGAGGAGGAGAAACGUGGAAGCACUGUACUCUGAGUUCACCAAGAGCAGAGGACUGCACCUCCCAGAGACACAGGGCCGAUUGGAGGUGAUCAGCCACUCCUCAGUCUCCUCCUCCACCUCCUCGCCGUCCCCCUCUCCUUCCGAGCGCCCCGCUGGCCCCCCGACGCCGUCGUCCUCCUCCACCCCCACCCCCACGCAGACGCCUCCUCAGCCAGAGAUCGUGGCCAUCGACCGAGAGGCAGCCAGCAAAGGUCUGAUUGAGUGGCUGAGACAGAAUCCGGGCUACAGCAUGGAUCUCCCCACAUUCGCUCAUUCUGGAGCAGGUUUGUUACAUGGUUUUGUGGAGCGUCCCAAGCAAAGGAGACAUCGCUGUAAAGACCCGACAAAGCUGGAUAUCAACUCUCUGACGGGGGAGGAGAGGGUUCCUGUGGUACACCGAGGCACCGGACGCAGGCUUGGUGGUGCAAUGGCUCCGGCCAUAAAGGAGCUAUCCCGGUGGCUGGAUGCCAACUCUGAGUACUAUGUAGCUCCAGACUGGGCUGACGUGGUCAAACACUCUGGUUUCCUCCCUGAAGGGAAGUUCUCUCGGAUCCUGACGGAACCCGUCAACAGAGACGCGGGCUCUCGCCGCCGCGGCCGCCGGCCUCGCAGCGAGAUGCCUAAGCCCCUUCUGUCCGUCUCGGACUCUGCCUCAUCCGGCCUCGGCCCCCCGCUCUUCAUGAACGGCGGAUUAAUCGGCAGCAUGGACUCCAUGGUGGCCAUGCAGAACCUCCGGGGUGCUAUUCCUGGGAUUCCCAUCUCCGGGAUCAUGGCUGCUGGAUUCCCGCACGGUUUCUCUGCAGCCAUCCAGGCGGGCGGAGCUGGGGAAGACGCCAAGAAUGGGUUGAGUAUGUUACCCAUGAUGCUGCACGGUAUCCCGCACCCCCAUGGGGCUGGGAUCCCACAACACGCCUUGUUCAGCGUUGGCGCAAUGAUGGCGCACACGCCACCCCCUCCUCCCCACCCUAGCUCCUCCUCUUCUUCUUCUUCAUCAUCGUCGGCUGCAAAGGUCACAACAACGACGGCACCGUCGACAUCAGAGGCAGCCAGCCCCUCGUCCACCACGCCUUCUAAGAGAGAGAGAGCCUCCUUUUCCGGCUCUGGUGGAGGGGAAAAGGAGCCCGGCCCAGAGGAGAAAGGAGCAACAGAAGCCAACAAAAGAGGGGCGGAGGCAGCGGCCGUCAUCACCUCCACCAGCAGAGCCCACGGCGGCGCCGCGCAUCUCGGGGCCGGCACCGGCAGCCAUCUCACCUUCAACCCCUUCCUGAUCCCGGGCAUGUCCCACGGCCUGCUGUACCCGCACAUGUUCCUGCCCCACGGCGGCAUCAUGGCGCUGCCCGCCAUGCCUCCCGGCCCAGGCGACGGCUCCCCGGGCAGCCCCAAGAGGAGGAAGAAGAGGGAGAAAGAGGAGGAGAGGGAGAAGGCAGCAACGGGAAAGGGAGAGGAGAGAGAAAGUACAGUUAAGGCCAACGUUAGUUCCUCGUCUCCCCCUGUCCCUCCCUCUACCUCGGCUCCAGACCCAGGCCCAUGUGCAACUGAUGACGACGGUCCUGCAGAGCCCCAGGAACCGGACUCCCAUAUCCCUCCAGAGGGAGCGGCGGCAGAGGAGACGGAGGAAACAUUUAAGGACGACGGGGGAGGGGCAACAGAGGAGGAGAAGCGGGACGCUGAGGAGCAGAGACAGGCGGAGGGAGAGGAAGCAUAGAGGAGGAGAAAACUGCAGAGAGACGAGCACUUCCUGCUCCCCCCUCGCCUCCCCCCUCCUCUCUUGACUGAGCAACAGUGUAAAGUUUGUGCCGUGUCUGUCAGUCAAUGUCCAUGUAAAGACUUUUAUUAUGAUGAUGACUAAUGAUAACAAUGAUGAUGAUGAUUAUAUUCAACUUGGUUCUGUUUAUAUACCAAGACCCCACCCACCCACCCACCCUCUCCACUCCCUCCUUGUAUACAAAAAAAACAACCAGUGUAAGAAAUGAUCUUCUGUGUAUUCUCCCCCUUCAUUCUGCAUUGAGAGUAGGGAGGGACGCUUCUCAAUAGAAAAACACACACACACACACACACAAACACACUGCAGGCAAGCUGUGCUGACCCAGGAGCAGCUUUGGCAGUACUGAUUCGGUUUUAAACUCAAAGUGAUCCAAGGUGGCGUGUUUGCAAAGUUCUGGAUUGGUGUGUUUUUGCGCGGGCUAGAGGAUGACAACGGAGGGUUGUGGGGCUCUUCUGUCAGAGUUGGGUUCUCUAACGUUGGUCACCACAGUCUGGGCAUCCAGAGAAGCUCAAAGAAAGGAGCUCUUGUGUACAUUUAUGUUUGUCUGUUUCCACACUCCACUAAACUGAUUGAUAUUUGUGGGGGGGGGAUUAUCUCUGUGCAAUGUUCUAACACCUGCAGGCUAGAUGAGUCAGGAAGUGUAUGCUGGUAACAAACAUUUCCAGAUCCAUGUGACACUACAACACCUUUUUCUCCUCACUACUAAGGGAACUCACUGAUACACAUACACCUAACAUUCAAGAGCUAGAAGAAAACGCACAGCAGCCCAGAUUUCUUUCAAAGCGUAGCCCUUUGAAUGUCUUGAUGUGACUAAGAGAAUACAAGUACAUUUAAGAAAGCUGCCAAAUCAGAAAAAUAAAGACAUUUGUUGGUUAGUUUUUUAGUAAAAUUGUGACUAUUAUAUUGACUACAAGGUCCAAAAAGUCACAAUAUAAGUGAGGUGAAUAAAUCCCAGGCACGAAUGUUGGAUCUUAAUUGUAAGAUAGCAUUGUCUAUGCCCCCCACGAUUUAAAUCCUCUCAUUCAUAUUUUUUUUCUACUAUUACUAACUAUUAUUAUCAAUGCUAUGCCAUUGCUGCUAAAACUUCUUUUUUGAAAGAAGUCCAGAGAGUUAAAAUGUCCUUUACUCUUCACACUAUAAUAACAAUCCAGAUUCCAAGAACAGGAAAACCUUGAGUGCAACAGAUAUUCACCACAAAAAGAACUCCACGUUCUGCUUUUAUUGAUAAAAGCAAAGAACAAUCAUGAGAUUAAUUUGUUUCAAUACUUUUUAGAUCAUGUAAAGAAGUUUUGUUUAAAGUCAGACACAAAGUCACUUUGAGAGAUCGCCCCUCGAGUGUCUAGGCCUAAUCGAGGAAAUGAAAGACAGAAAUGUGAGAGGUCUUCUGGGGCCACCAGGGGGCGGUAGGAGGUAGCGUUGAUUGUAUCCUGUACUGCAAACACAGGAGUGGAGGGAUUGUUUGUUUUUGUUUUUCAUCCGAGACACAAAUGGAUUUAAGUUACAGCACAUCAAUAAAAGUGAUCAGAAGUAGUGUUACAUUACUAGUGCAAAAUGGUUCCAUUCAUGCACCCGUCGCCCGCAUCGUGCCCCUGUUAGAGUGGCCCUGCUGUCGUCUGCUCCCGUUUCGAUUCGGUGUUCUCAGAGAUAGUCUCUGUGCGUCGUCGACCAUCUGUCCAACGAAGGCUCUGUUCUUACAGAUAAAACGGGAAGAGGAGGGUUGAGUGCCUCAUCGUUGCUCUUCAUCUCAUUUCUUUUCCUCAGAUUAGUUUUAAUAGCAGUUCAUACCAAGAGUUUCUAAAUAUGUAAAUCUAUCACUGUAUAUUACUGUUUUUUAUUUCUUUUCUUUUUUUGUGCACCAUUUAUUUGUUCCGGCUUUCAUUUGUUCUCCAUUUGGGGAAAAAAAAAAUACUUGACAGAUGCGAGGGGGAUUUUUGCAUUGAGUUAUUCCCUGUGUUUUCGGUAUUAACGGACUGUACUGUACAUUAAAUGGAUGCAAGU